UCGCAGUGAUGCUGGAGGCCCUGAGCUCCCUGGCGGCGGCCCUCUGGGCGGCUCUCCGUCCUGGCACCGUCCUGUUGGGAACACUCGCCUUUCUCCUCUUUGUUGAUUUCAUGAAAAGACGGCAUCCAAAGAACUACCCGCCGGGGCCCCCCCGCCUGCCCUUCGUAGGCAAUUUGCUCCAGCUGGACCCUAAGAAGGCGCACCUGGUCCUUCAGGAGUUUAUGAAGAAAUAUGGGAACGUUUUUAGCUUGGAUUUGGGGUCAUUUCCUUCCAUUCUUUUAACUGGAUUGCCCUUAAUUAAAGAAGCGCUUGUCCACCAAGGCCAAAACUUCUCCAACCGCCCUGUAGUGCCUCUCCAAGAGCGCUUGAUAAACAAUAAAGGCUUGAUCAUGUCCAGUGGCCAGUUAUGGAAGGAACAAAGAAGGUUUGCCCUGACAACUCUUAGGAACUUUGGUUUAGGAAAGAAAAGCUUAGAGGAACGCAUUCAGGAGGAGGCCUCCUACCUCAUCCAGAUGAUAAGAGAGGAGAAUGGACAGCCUUUUGACCCUCACUUCAUAAUUAACAAUGCCGUUUCCAAUAUUAUUUGCUCCAUCACCUUCGGGGAGCGGUUUGACUACCAGGAUGAUCAGUUCCAGGAACUGCUGAGGAUGCUGGAUGAGGUCUUAAAUCUGCAGACAUCAGUGUACUGCCAGUUCUACAAUACGUUUCCAAGGAUAAUGAAUCUCCUUCCGGGUCCGCACCAAGCACUCUUUAGUAAUAUGGAGAAAUUGAAGAUGUUUGUUGCCCGUAUGAUUGAAAACCACAAGAGAGACUGGAAUCCUGCUGAAGCAAGAGACUUCAUUGAUGCUUAUCUCCAGGAAAUAGAAAAGCAUAAGGGCGAUGCUGCUUCAAGUUUCCGUGAAGAAAAUCUCAUCUACAACACCCUGGACCUCUUCCUUGCUGGAACAGAGACAACUUCAACCGCCCUGCGCUGGGGGCUGCUCUACAUGGCCCUUAACCCCGAAAUCCAAGAAAAAGUCCAAGCUGAGAUUGACAGGGUGCUUGGCCAAUCACAACAGCCAAGCACGGCCACUCGCGAGGCCAUGCCCUACACCAACGCUGUCAUCCACGAGGUGCUGAGAAUGGGGAAUGUUAUCCCUCUGAACGUGCCCCGGGAGGUGGCAGUGGACACCACCCUGGCCGGAUACCACCUGCCCAAGGGCACCAUGGUCAUGACCAACCUGACUGCGCUGCACAACGACCCCACAGAGUGGGCCACCCCUGACAACUUCAAUCCAGAGCAUUUUCUGGAGAAUGGACAGUUUAAGAAAAGGGAAUCUUUCCUGCCUUUUUCAAUAGGAAAGCGGAUGUGCCUUGGAGAACAGUUGGCCAGGACUGAGUUGUUUAUUUUUUUUACCUCACUUCUGCAAAAAUUUACCUUCAGGCCACCAGAGAAUGAAAAGUUGAGCCUGAAGUUCAGAGUUAGCUUGACCCUUGCCCCAGUCAGCCACCGGCUCUGUGCUGUUCCCCGAGGCUGAAGUCGUUGGGGCAGGGGAGUGAAGGAGACCAGAAGAAUGGGCCUGUCCCCGCUCAAGGCACGGGGCCUGCUCAGAAGUGAGGGAACAGCAUCCAGUGCCUCUAGGACAGAUCAUAAGAACCGGACACAGAGGAAACUGCAUUCAAGCUUUACCGUCUCCAGUGGGACCUUGAAGAAAUGUUACAUUGUGAUUCCAUUUUCAUCCAGAAGAUUUAAAGUGGACAAUGAUUCCUUCUCUAAAGGAAAAAUUGCUGUAAAGAUCAGAGGAAAGAAUGGAUUUUAAGUGGUUUGGAAAUCAUA